CUCGAGCAGCCAGGCGUCACACACGCCGAACGCUAACCAAACUCAGUACAUUUCCAUUUCCUCUAAGGAGCUCUUAGCCUCAGGACGAGCCGUCAAGCGUCAUUCGUGCUAUUAAAGUCAGCUCUGAGCUGAAGGACUUCAUAACCAAAAUAUCCCCGGAGAAUUCGUAUUGCCCUAACACUAAACAGGAGACUGACAAUGGAAGGAAAGAAUGCUACCAAUGUUGCUAUUCAGCCUUUUCAAGGAGUAAUCUUAGGGAUAAUUGCAACUCCAGGAAUCAUAGCCAAUAUUUUUGCACUUGUUCUGACGUUCAGAAUCCUCCGGCAUCAGAAAAUAGUCUGUAAUGUGUUGAUUUUUGGUUUGAGUUUGUGCGAUCUUCUCGGAAUUGUCUUAAUCUGUACACCUACUUGGGUCUGCUAUGCCUAUGGUAAAUGGACUGGUGGAAAACCUCUGUGCUAUUUCCAAGGAUUUUUCACUGUGUUUACCUCGCUAACAUCAGGAUUAAUAGCGACUUGCAUGGCACUAGACCGAUAUUUCGCUGUAAGGGCUCCUUUCUUCCACCGUCAGCGAAUAAGCUUCAGAUUCGCCAAGAAAGCCCUUGUCUUGAUAAUCGUACUCUGUGCCGUAAUAUCACUUAUGCCCGUCUUUGGAUUUGGUAGCUUCGAGCUUAAUUUGACACAAACUUAUUGCACAUUGAAUUGGUUUGCCAAGACUAGUACUGACAAGGCAUAUGCGUAUUUUUUUGCCAUUGUCGGUUUUUUAUUGGUCUUCAUAGUGAUAUUCACUAACAUGCAUGUGCUGUUUUUAAUAUUAAAACGAAAGAAAUCUGCUCGCAAUCUGAAAGGACUUCGCAGUAAAUUUCAAAAGGUGAAUGAAACGAAGAAAACCGCAUCGGAGAAGAUCCAGCAACAGUAUCAGCGAAUGAUGGUCAUCAUCUCCGUUCUUUUUCUCAUUUGCUGGACGCCAUUUAUGGUCCGAAUUGUAUGCAACGUAUCUGGUUUGUGGAAGAACAAGUCCGCUGACCUCCAAGUAUCGCGCUUGCUACUCCUAAACUUAGUUCUGGACCCGUUCGUUUACGUAUUGACCCGCAAACAGUUCCGAGAUACAUUUAUCAGGCUUUUUUGUUGCUGCUGUCCAUGUGCGAGUAAAAAACGAAAAGAGAGCGUCAAAGUACGCUUUGCUUACUCAGCUAGCAUCAAGAACAAUGACAGUAACACAGGAACGGAUCAAACACAGGUACAAGAUGCUAUACCACCAGUGUUAAAACCCAGAGAAGAGCGUGCAUCGUUCCAGGGAGUGGCUAUCCGUAAUAUGGAACCUUUAGCUGUCCAGUCAACAGACGCUCUGGUACAUGUCGAUAGUGAGAAUCAAAACAAAACCAUCCCUGAUGAGAAAACCAACGGAGAACUCAAAGAAAAAGAACGAGAUGCCAAUAAUGCAGGAGUGGUUGCCAAGGAAACAACAGUCCCAGAUGACAGGCAGACUCUUCGAGACAAGCAAGGGAUCUUACCGACAAUCACAGAAACUGACGUGCGGGAAGCCCUGCAUGAAUUAGCAAAGGAACCUGGGUUUGCAAACGAGGGAAUGACUGACGAAGCUGACGAUGUUCUUUUCAAUGAAAUCAUGGAGACUUUAAAGAAUUGCUUCGCAGGAUUGAAAGCCCCGCAUGAAACAAGGAAAAUGACAGGAGAGUCGGCAACGCCCGAAAAUGCGAGUAUUCAUGAUGAUGAUGAGCUGUUGAUUGCGCUUGAUAGCAGCAAUAAGAGCCAGGCUCCUGUUGAACAGGAAGGGAAAGAAAAUGGUAAACCUCGAAGCAACUCUUCAAUUAGCGUGAAAGCUUUGCAGGUUAUGGACAUCAUCCAAACGAAAAGACGAGCUAAGCAGAUUGAAAAGAUUGUAUAAGCGUUGUAAUAGCUAGCGCGAGUUUGUUAGAUAUUCGGACUUUGUUCGGUGAUCAUUCGGUAGAUAUAGUUGACAUAUUGCGCAUACUCGGAAGAUAGUAAUACGAAUAGCAGUACUGAGUCAAAUAUCUCAGAUCUACAAUUCCAGAGGAUUCGCUUGGAAAAUUUUUGAAGGCUUAAAAACCUUCCUUUGCAUUUUUAUGAUUUUGAUGGUAAUUAAAACGAAAGGCUAUUGACAAUUUUUUUGUUAAAUACAACCACCAAGUUGUGCGUAACUGUAUAAAACCGCGUUUUGAAACAUGCGCAGUAAUUGUCCACGCAGCGUCCGUAAUAAUCACUCUAGCAUUUUUCGAUAAUUAUUAUUUGACACUUAACUAAUCUUAAUAAAAGGCGGCCGCGCUUUUAAACGCCUGAAAAACUGCUCGAGAUUAUACACAGUGGUAUAGGUUGGUAUAGGUGUUAUAGGUUGGGUACAAACAUAAUUUGUUCAUACAGCCUUCUAUUGCGUUUUUCGUACCCAAGCCAAACCAGAACUCGCCUUGUUUGUCGAUCUCAGAAAAAGAACAAUUGAAGAAAGUGAAUAGUGAGUGAGUUGAUAAACGAAUAGAAUGCAGAAGUUUGCUCAAUGUCAAAAUAUAUAGUCCUCAAAUAAGAAACAUUGGUUCUGAAAAAUACGAGAAUAUAGAUUAAAUGAGUGCGGAAUUUUUAGCCAGUUUUGACAUUUGAACUACGUACUGAAAUGGAAUCUCUAAAAAUGAAAAAAAAAUCACUGCUUCUUUGCUGAAAGAUUGCUAUUAUCCAAAUAAUAGCCCUGUACUAAGACAGAAUCUGUGGCCUCGGUUCUGAGAAAAGAGAUAUCUAAAAUAGAGAUAUCUAGAAACAGAAUAGUGAGCAAGGGAGGAAAAUGGAGACAAAAAUAGUACAUUCGUUAACUGCACUAUCCCGUUAUGACUCUCACACUAACACAGGCCAAAAAUCCUCGAGCUUUAAAAUUCCUUAAAUUAAUCAAAUGAAGUAAAUCCCGAGUUAUUAAUACUCGUCUUUCUAUGAAACUGCAUAAGAAUCUAAUCAAAUAAAUCUGUAUAGGAUAUACAUAAUAAUGGAUGAGAGUUUAAGUAUUUUCACUGAUAGAGGAAGUUAAUUAAAGACAAAUAUGCUUAGGCACAGCGAGUCAGGAAAAUAAACGUUGAUGGUAUUUAUUAAUGUAAAUAGCUUAGAAUGGUUACAUAUAUAAUGAUAAUAGGAAUUCAAAUGGUAAAUAUUGAACAACUUAAUAAUAUAGGUGUAAUAUUAAAAACAUUGAAAUAAAAUAGCAAAGAAAAUUUUUGCGUACUUCUUGGGUACUCUUAUCAUGAGCUCUUAUCAUGAGCUUACGGAUUUGUAAUAUGAAAGUGAACCCGUACCUUGGGGUUUUCUUUUGGAAAUAAGAUUGUUUGGUUGAAUCAUAUCCAAAUUGAUGUGUCUUCUCGUGCGCAACAGUUAAGCAAAGAAAUAACACUCAAGGGAAUGAAACAUUCUGAAAUACGAAAACACUAAACACUACGCCCAAGGUCAGGCUGAAGAUGUUAAUUGAAUAUUUGAAAUACGUGAAGGGUAUACUGUUUUUUGAUAUUCACUGGGGGAACUCCUGAAACGUAUUGGAGCCUCGGAUUUUGCAUCAAAUAGAUAUAUUUCCAGCUUGAGGAAUUUCAAGACUUUCAGCUUUGUAAAAAAAAGUUAACCAAAUUCUCAGCCGUAAUUCUUCCCUUCCCAUAGAUAACACCGUUUAGUUUUAGCUUCACCGAUUAUGCAACUAUCAAUGUAUUCUGUUGUUCUACUAAUAGUUACGCAUUGUUACACAUUGAAUACUUAGAAGUAGCUAGCCUAGUUAUACAGCACGAAUUUGAACUAUAUAGUUAAUGUUUGCCCCUUUUUCUACCCGAUCCGAAGCUUAAAUGACUCGUUCUACCAAAUAACAUUAAAUAAAUGACACUAACUUUA